AUGUACUCUUGGACAGCUCUUGCUUUAUCUCUCCUAGCCGUAUCUGUCUCAGCCGCUCCCCCUCACCUCGAAGCCCGUAAAGGUGCUGCUCCUGUCGGCGGUCCAGCGUCGGCAAAAGUGACCAUCUACAGCAGUUAUACUUGUGCUGCGCCAGGCACUGCCCCACCCACAGAUGGUAGUGCUGGAACAGCAACCACAUUCACAAUCGCAGAAGCAACAUGCACAAUCCCAACUGCUAGCCUCUUGUUCGGAGGAGCAAUCACAGCAACACUAUCAACCACGCCAAAGACUGGAACCGUAGGAUGCUAUAUCCUUGGUCACAGUCAGCAGGGUUGCGGCAUCACGCUUACGAACAAUCUUUAUGGAUGGCCAUUUAAUGGUAUCUCUGUUGGCAACAGUGUCGGUUGUGGGAAUGCACCUGCAGGUACUCAAUGGGGCGCUUUCGAGGUCUUGUGUGUUUGA